AAUGGCAGCUGUGUGGUCAGUAGAGUAUAGUGUAUAGUACAGCCGGCCGGGUGUCAGCUUUUCCUCCAGCCGCAGCUGCGCCGCCUGUACCCGGACAUGGUGGUCAUGGGAGCCCCCAAAGUCAUAUUCUUCCACGGGAACCAGUCCGAGCAACGGGACUGCAAUUCUCUGGCGUCCGUCAUGUUACCCAUACACAGCCCUAGCAGCCCGGAGUCUGACAGCGGCGAUGUCCCCCCGAGGAAGCGGCAGCGACUGACACAUCUGAGCCCGGAGGAGAAGGCACUCAGGAGGAAAUUAAAAAACAGAGUGGCUGCCCAAACGGCGAGGGACCGAAAAAAAGCCAGAAUGAGUGAACUUGAGCAGCAAGUUUUGGAUCUCGAAUUGGAGAAUGAAAAACUCUUAAUUGAAAACGAGGUUUUACGAGAAAAGUCACAUGGUCUGUUGACCGAAAACCAAGAACUACGUCAGAGACUGGGCCUUGAUGCCCUGGAGGUGAAAGAGGAAGAAGAGGUUGAGUCACAAGUUCUGAUUCAGUCCAGAGAAGAUGAAGUCAGGACGGUGACCGGGUCCGCUGAGUCCGCAGCACUCAGACUAUGUGCCUCUGCAGCAGGAGCAGGCCCAGAAGUCCCCGAACCUGACAGUGUCUACAUGGAUCCUGACAGCCCUGAUACUUCAGACUGUGAGUCUGAUAUCUUGCUGGGCUUACUGGAAAGUCUGGACUCAGACAUGUUGCUUACCUAUGAAGGAGAGUUGCCCUGGAACCAGCAAGAAGAGGUUAAAAGAGCUGAAUCCGAUUCCGUACCCACCACCCCAUCUUCUCCUGUGGGGACCACAUCAAUCAAGCUGGAGGCCAUUAAUGAAUUAAUCCGAUUCGACCAUGUCUACACAAAACCCCUUUGCUCAGAGGAAGAUUCUGAGCUAGAAAUUAAAACGGAGGAAGCAUCUUUUAGCCCUACAUGUGUUGUUGCCCCCAUCUGUGUGAAGCAAGAUGUCCAAGAAGAUGAAGUCCCCCAUGUACUUGGAAUGCAGAGCUUCUUGUCCUGUUCCCAAAAUAAUCCAGAGAAACCAGCAAACCUGCAGGACACAGGCAGUGACUCUGGGUAUGAGGGCUGCACUUCUCCCUUUAGUGACAUGUCCUCUCCUUUGAACUCUGACCAGGUUUGGGAGGACACUUUUACCUCUGAACUUUUUCCUCAGCUCCUUAAUGUCGUCGACAUGCACCAGUCCUGUGAUCUUUUGCCUCUUGGUGACCCCACCCUUUUCUGGAAUACUGCCCCAGAGACUGACGAUGACCCCUUCUAAAUACCGUUCUGUGCAGCAAACUGAUUUAUUAUUAUUUAUCUUCAUAUACUGGCUUGUUUUUUUUUUUUUUUUUUUUUUAUGAUUGUUCUAAAGUGUUGUAUGUCCACCUCAGAGGCAACGAAUUGGUGGCAUCCAGCAUACUUUAUUAAUGCCGAUGUUCGUUCUUUCUGAAAACCCACAGUAUCCUCCUCCCAUAUAGCUAUUGGUGCCUAGUUAUUGAAGAUUUUAACAUAUAUACAAAUUGUAGAAUUACAAGCAUAUGUCUCCAUUGGCUACCUGGCUAUUCAAUCAGAAUAGAGAUUUGUUCCAUACUGGGUGGCUAUCACCUGUUAGGGCCUGCCAGUCAUUCAUCUGUAACACUCACUGCAUUCACUCUACAUGUUGUGUAAUGAGACAUACACAUGGUGGCAUGUUUCUCAUUAUGGGAUCUGCACCACUUGCUAUAAUUUUCCCUUUUCAGUUCUUGAUAGCCUCCUAGGUAUCUAAACACUGAUAUGUUGAUCACAAGAUAAGGACCACUUUUCCACAAAGCCUGAUCUACAUUUGGCUGUUUUUCACUUAGAACAUUUUUUUUUUUUUUUUGGAAGAGAACAGUCUCCUGAACCAGCACGUUGAGUCACUGUACAAAACAUCACAAUAUCCACCCUUCAGCAUGUAGCAUACAGGUCAAUAAGGAACGGCUGUCAUGUUUUCAUGGGGCUCCUGCUAACAAGUUUGUGCUGUGUGUGUGUGUGGGUUUUUUUUUUUUUUUUGGGGGGGGGGGGGUUUAACGUGUUGACAUCUAAUGAUUAUAGUGGCACGACAAGACAAUUUUUUUUUUUUGUAUGAUCUUACAUUAUUCUCACCGGUUCAGUCUGUACAUGAGGAAUGGACAUUUCACUCUGAUUCCAGAACUUAUUUUUAUGUUUUACUCUUUAAGUUGUCCUUUUUUGUUAAAGGCAAUUUUAUUCCCUAAUAUACUUAAGUUAUGGAACUUAAGUCUUUGUAUAUAGAAUAGUUCUAUGAUAGGAGUUGUGUGCUUUUGAAUUAUUUAAUUCAGCAAUGUACAAAACUUCAAUUACCCCUCAGCUCAAAUUUAUAUAUUGUGAAAUUUACUAUGUAAAUGAAUCCAUCAACUUUAUAUUCACUGCCUGUCCAUGUUUGGCUUUUUAAAGAAACCUAAAGUUGCUUCCUCCAUUUUAUUUAAAAAAAUAAAUAAAAUUAAAAUAAAGUAAGAAUUGUGUUUUGUAACAGAAUUGGGGGUGUGGGCGGGAGAGGAACAUAAAAUAAUGUAGAGGUCAUGAAUAUUUGUAAAUUCUGGUGCAAACGUCAAGUUUCUUUUAGAUGUUCAGCAAUAAGGUGCUUCUGUAUGCCAUUACAUGAUCAGUAGAAUAUCAGAUAUGUUUCAGAUGUGCCUCCUGUAUACUUCUCGCACAUAAAAAAUAAGAAAUUAUAAAGAUAGAUAUAUUAAAAUCCCGCUUCUAGUUAUGGACUAAAGUACUGGAAGCCAAGACUCUUCAGAGCCUCCCUUUCUACAACGUAAUUUUUUGGCUUUAAGUCUACUUUAAGGGAAAGACCUCAACAUUAAUUCACGUGUGGACAUUAUAGAUAUGGACAGAAGAUGAUUUAGCUUAGACUACUUUUCAAUCUGGAAAAUAAGUUAGUUAGCCAGUUUUCUCAGGACAGUGUCCAUCUUUCACUGGAAACAUCUAUCAAAUUUUUAUUUAUUUAUUUUUCAUUGUUUUACGUACUAUAAUUUUAUGAAGGAACUUUAUUUGCUCUAUGCUGAAACUUUAAAGUAAUUUGGUACUCUAGCAAAAAAUAUAUAUAUUUUCUACAAAGUAUGGUAAUUGCAUUAUCUAUUACAAACCUUUGUUUGGCAACAUAUUUUACAAAAUAUUGAUAUACAUACAUACAUACAUACAUACAUACAUACAUACAUACAUACAUACAAUCACCAGCUCCAGCCAUAACUGGAGAUGCACGUUGCUGAGGGCUGACCUGUUUCUUUGAAAGGUUGUCGCACCUAAUUCUCCCUGCUGAUAGCCAUGUGUUCUGACGCAGACUUUUAUUCACAUUCUACAUGUACGUUACACAAAAGACUUUUAAGGUGUAUACAGGGAACAGCACAACUCGCU